AUGCAGUUACCGUUGGCGAUUAGUUUGUUGUGGUUGGCACGGAUAUCGUUAGCAGUUCCGGUCAACGGUAGCAGCUCGUGCAAUUGCGUGUGUGGAGUGAAUGGCCGCGCGAACCGAAUCGUCGGAGGCGUCGAAACUGAGGCGCACGAGUUUCCCUGGCUGGCCGGCCUAUUUCGUCAGGGAAAGUUGUACUGUGGAGCAUCCGUACUAACCAGAAACUACCUCAUUACUGCCGCCCAUUGCGUUAAUUCGUUUGAACCGCAUGAAAUCAGGGUAUACCUAGGUGGUCAUAACAUUGCCAAGGACUAUACGGAACUGCGCAGGGUGAGAAGAAUCAUUGACCAUGAAGACUUUGACAUCUUCACCUUCAACAACGAUAUCGCUUUGCUGGAGCUGGACAAACCACUGCGCUAUGGGCCCACAAUUCAACCGGCUUGUUUACCAGAUGGCACCGAACGUGAUCUGAGCGGAAAAUUAGGAAUCGUUGCCGGUUGGGGCCGUAUCGAGGAAAAGCUCCCGCCUUCGAAAACUUUACGAUCAGUGGUGGUGCCCAUCUGGACCCAGGAGCAAUGCUUGGAGGCAGGCUAUGGCAGUAAAAAGAUCUCCGAUAAUAUGAUGUGCGCGGGUUAUCACGAUGGCAAAAAGGAUGCUUGCCAGGGCGACAGUGGCGGUCCGAUGCACAAGAUGGGCAACGCUGGUAGUAUGGAGGUCGUCGGCGUGGUUUCCUGGGGUCGGGGCUGUGCCCGGCCGAACCUGCCCGGAAUUUACACUCGCAUCGUCAACUAUUUGCCGUGGAUUCACGAAAGGCUGUCCGGCGAGUGCAUGUGCGUACCGAAGGAUGUCGCUGCCCGGGCCGCUUAA